AUGACGGUAUAUCAGUGCUUUUUUCUGCCGCGGCAGCUUCUCUUCGUUAGGAUGAUACUUCUGACCCUGAUAGCUCGUGUCAGUGAUGGCUUAAUUCUUGCUACUUCUAUUGAGGGAGGCGAUGAGCCGGACAUGGUGAAAUAUACUAAUCAAGCAAAGUUGGUUUUUCGAAGGCUAAAUAAUUCUGCGGAGACGGCACACACUUUUGAAAGCGGACCAUAUUUUUUCCAUUAUAUAAUCAAAGGUGCCAUUUGUGCGCUGUGUUUGUGUGAAAAAAGUUUCCCUCGAAAGUCGGCGUUUGCUUAUUUGGAAGAAGUUGCAAAUGAGUUCAAUGGGCAGUACGGCAAUAAAGUAGACUCAGUUACACGACCAUAUCAUUUUAUUGAAUUUGAUCAUCAUAUACAACAAGCAAAGCGGAAGUAUGCUGACAAAAGUCGUCAUGCGAUGUCGGCAGUGAGCAAUGAACUACAAGAUGUAGCACGCAUAAUGGUUUCAAACAUUGAGGACGUUAUCCAUCGUGGGGAGAAGUUAAAUAUUCUGGAAAACAAGGCUAAUGACUUAUCGAAUCUGAGUCGCAAGUACAGAGAAGACGCGAGGCAACUAAACAGGAGAAGCACGCUAUUCAAAAUUGCUGCAACUGUUUGUGUUCUUGGAUUUUUUGGUUUUGUGGCGCGGUAUUUGUUCUGGUAG